GUACCUCUAGCGACAACUGAUCCAGUCCGAUUGGAGAAUGCACACUGAGCUGGUCUCCAUCAACUGCUUAGCCGGGAGCCGCUCACAGAACUCGUCCGAUGUCCGAGUUUCGGUUUGCUACUGCGCCGUGUACCACUGUUUCGAAAACCUGCUGCUCCUUCGAGCCCUGUGUUGGAGCGGCGAAAAGCCUCCGGGAGGUGAUGGAUGCAAGUCGCACAGAUCAAUAUGGGCAAGCUCUCUCAGGCUGAGCCAGUCUCAUCCGACGCAUGUAUCUCGAUGGCACCGGGAAUCUAUUGAACCACCCCCGGAAGCAAGUUGACUUCGAAAAGCCGGUUCCGGUCUACGGGCUACCGAGCACCAACCGCUGAGAAUGCGGCUCGGCAGCUCAGACUCUGUCAUGCCCGAUGGUAAUAGCAAUCUCACCGGCAAUAUAAGGCUGCAACGGCUCUCUGUUCUCUCGCACCCGACUCUGUCCUGCCCUGUCUUGCCUUGGCCUUGCCUUGUCCUGCCCACUCUUCACACAUGGCUGACAUCACUCAAACGGCGACUCUGGCCUAUAUCGACGCCGAGAAAGGCGUCCUCGAGCAAGUGCCUUCAUCGAAGACUAUUCCGCUCGAGGAGAAGGCAGUUAUCGCCGCCCCUCCACCCGUCAAGGCACCACCCAAGCCCCGGAAACGUGCCUCAGCCUGGGUGAGGUGGCGCAUAUGGUUCAACACGUACAGGAAGUUCUUUACCUUUGUGAUGACGAUGAACAUCGUCGGCAUCGCCCUGGCCAUCGCCGGGCACUUCCCGUACGCAGAGAACAACACCAGUGCCCUCGUCCUGGGCAACCUCAACUUCGCGAUCCUCAUGCGAAACGAGAUCUUCGGCCGAUGUCUCUACUGGUUCGUCAACACGUGCUUUGCCAAGUGGCCGCCUCUGUGGUUCCGCCUUGGCUGGACGUCUGCUCUCCAGCACCUGGGAGGGAUCCACAGUGGCUGCGCGCUGUCCGGCGUGCUGUGGCUCAUCUUCAAAGUCGUCAACAAUUUCCGUCAUGCUCAUGUCACCCACGACGCGAUCCUGAUCACCGGCGUCACCACCAACAUUCUGGUCAUCAUUAGCGCACUGAGCGCAUUUCCCUGGGUCCGCAACACACAUCACAAUGUCUUUGAGCGGCAUCACCGAUUUGCUGGAUGGAUUGGCCUCAUCUCUACUUGGGUCUUCGUCAUCCUUGGCGAUGCUUACGAUCCCUCGACCCGGUCAUGGAACGCCAGCGGAGUUAGAUUGAUCAAGCACCAGGAUUUCUGGUUCACCUGCUCCAUGACCGUCCUGAUCGCACUGCCGUGGAUCUGUGUGCGGGAGGUCGAGAUCGACAUCGAGCUGCCGUCACCCAAAGUAGCCAUCCUCCGCUUCAAACGCGGCAUGCAGCAAGGGCUGCUUGGCCGCAUCAGCCGCUCCUCCAUCAUGGAGUACCAUGCAUUCGGAAUCAUUUCGGAGGGCACACACGCCAAGUACCACUACAUGAUUGCCGGCGUUCAAGGAGACUUCACAACGUCUCUCGUCAGGGACCCCCCUCGCACGAUCUGGACCCGUGAGCUGAAAUUUGCCGGCGUGUCCAACACUUCGACCCUGUACAAGCGAGGCAUUCGCAUAUGCACAGGGACCGGACUUGGUGCUGCGCUGUCGACAUGUUUGCAGUCCCCGUACUGGUAUCUGAUCUGGAUCGGAUCAGACCAGGAAAAGACGUUCGGAUCAACGAUAUCCAACUUGAUCCACACCCAUCUCACCCCCGAGAACCGAGUCACGCUCUGGGACAGCAAGCAGCGCGGCGGGCGGCCCGAUACCAUGAAGCUGCUCAAAGAAGUGUAUGCCUCCUGGAAUGCGGAAGUGGUCUUCAUUACUUCCAACUACAUCGGCAACACGGAAAUCAUGGAGGGCUGCAAAGAAGCUGGUAUCCCUGCGUUUGGAACGCUUUGGGACUUCUGAGAAGUCAAGUGGCUGAUCUAGACGGAGGUCGAAACCAUACAUUCAUUAGGCCCAUACUAUGCCGCUAAUAGACAAUUAUGACCGUUUCUACUCUCCACGGAACUACACGUUCUCACCUCGGAAUUUGAUCCUCGACGACUCUGCCCGCUUUCCCCAUCCAGGGCCAUCUUCGCCUCGGAUUUAUAGGCGAACUGGGCUGGAGACACACACCUUCCAGCGCAAGUUGCUUUAGCACGCGACAUAAAUUCCGAGUGUCCUGUGGUCGCUGGUGAUGAGACUUGUUUUGCCGUCCAAGCAGGUCCACUCACGUCUAUCCCACUGUGAAGCUGUCCCUGGAAGGGAGGUAGCGAGAGAGCCCACAGCUGUGCUGGAAUGUUCAAGUUACCAAAAGGUAGCUGCGAGUGUGCGGUCAUUCCAUGUCCUGGUAUUAUUCAACGGAAGAGAUGAGGACCUUCUCGCGAGGCAGAUGGGAAGCGACCUGUGCUCGGACGUCGAGCACGUCUCCAGCCAUCCAAUCAGGGAAAGGAACCUUGGCCACAUGAGACCCGAAUGGACAACUGAUCAAUCGAUGUAACUCGAAGCGUACCUGGGAGAUGAAGCACUGCUUUACGACGAAGUCCCGAAUAUCAUAAGGCCCAUCGCUGCACCAGCAGAAGCGCAUACGCCGCUUGCCGUUCUUCUCGAUCAGCUUGUGCUUCACGAGGAACGCGCGCAGAGACCUCAGCACGCUUGCAAACACGGGUGCGCCGUCCACUUGGCCCUACGGAAAAUGAGACCCGAAACGGGCGACCAAGUUCCGCGUCGCGCACCUGCGUUAUCCCAGUCAGAGCCUGGCAGAAAUCGGACAGCUCAGGGCGCCAUGUCGGUUUGACGAAGCUGCGAAACUCGGCAACGACUUCCAGUUCUCUUGCGGUUCCGCCGCGCCUAUCUUUCCAUCGCAUCAAACAAACAGGCAGUUCCUGGAAAAAGGCGUGUGUGAAAACAGCCGUGUGGGAGCGGCUUCUGAGAGCACUGACGAUAAUCUCGUUCGGGUACGCAAAACUUGAUCCAUUUUCGCAGGUAGCUUCAACGUCGAGGACCAGAAAUGCGUCGAACGGCUGCUUCGGCCCUUUUUGCGCAGGCUCGAUGGAAAUUGGCGGUGCGGUGUUGUCCUCCGGGAGUUUGGGAGGCGUGACAUCUUCCACGGUGGGAAGAGUGCGCCGAGGAUAGACUGCAUAGAGAAGGACGAGGACGACGGACAAGAGCGCGAUAUCGAAUAGGAUGUCCAUGUCAAGGUGUGCCAGCCUGCCCGCUCGUGCAUUGCCGAGGACCGUGGAAAUGAUAGAUGAAGCAAACUCAACUCCUCCCAACUUCCAAAGGCUUGUCCCGGGGGGUGAGGCUAAAUAUUCUUGCGUGUUCUUCGGACCGGAGUCCACGUGCAGAAUCUUGACAUGAGAUCACUGAUCGGCCUCCAAAAAUCUUGCCUACUACAGGCUACCUGCGAGGCUGCGAAGCUCGAUCGACAUGCCCGGCGGUGACGACUUUGAAGACGAUUUUGUUCCAGAUGAGCUCGUUGCCUUGACGGACGAAGAAGAGGCGGAAGGAGACGACGACUCUGAGGAGCAGCAAGAGGAGAACGACUCGCAUGCUCACACCGUCGACGGGAAUGCGCGAAAUGAAGGGUCUGAUCUGGUCUCUCGGGCACCAUCGGAUACUGCGAAAAAACGUAAACGUGAAAGGGAGCGAGAAAAAUUCAAAGAAAAGAAAAAGCGCAAACUAUUGCUCGAAGCGCCUACGAGAGGGAGCAGUGCAGAGGGCACCACCACCACCGACCAAUCUCCUCCUGCACUUGCAGAGUACCUCGCCUCGCUACAAAAGAAAGCUUUCUCUAAGUUGUCGGCGUUGGAACUUGAGGAUGCACGCAUACCGGUCGAUGCAAUCGUGGAUACAUCCGCAUGGACGGGCCCGAGAACAUUAGAUAACUUGGUGGAUUUCAUAGUCAAAGUCAUUCCCGACCUUCGCAUUAGACUGGGUCAACGAUCCAAGACAAACGGAGCACCCACUCUCCUCUUCCUGGCUACAGCAGCACUCCGCGUGGCCGAUGUGACGCGCAUUCUGCGAGACAAGAAGCUUAGAGGCGACAAGGGAGGCGAUGUAGCCAAACUAUUCGCAAAGCACUUCAAGCUGGCACAGCAUGUCGAUUACCUGCGACGAAAUAAGAUCGGGGCUGCAGCUGGUACACCAGGGAGGAUCGGUCAAUUGCUUUGCGAGACAGAUUCCCUUGCGGUUUCAGCCCUCACACACAUCAUACUGGAUGUAUCCUUCCGGGAUACCAAGAAGCGUAACAUGUUCGAAAUUCCAGAGGUUCGAGACGAGCGAUACAUCGUCAGAAACCCUUCGGCUGUAAUCGACCGCACGGCCACCUUCGUUGCUCGUUCUGCCAAUCCUCCUCAAUUUGAGGAGAAAAUUCGGGAAGGCCAGCGCUCGGACCCCAAGUUUUCCUUCCUCAAUCCAGUAGACCCAUACCAUGGCUACUACCGACACAAGAUGGACAGGGUAGCUCAAGGAGACAUGGGGGAGGAGGCGACGCAGGAGAAACCUGAAACAGGCGCGACAGAGGACGUUGCACCCAUUGACAUGGGUGUUGAACCACCCGCGCCUGACUUCGUUCUGGAAUUACCCACCAUCAGCAGCAUUGACUUGGAUAUCAUGAAGUUGACUGCUCUCUUCACUGCUAAACGGGGACAAACCUUCAGUUCUGCGCUUGCCGUCCGGGAGGGACGCAACUAUCAAUUCGAGUUCCUCCGCCCCCAGCACUCCCUCUUUGGCUACUUCAAGCGGUUGGUGGAGCAAUACCAGAAAGUUCUGUAUCCUAAUAAGGAGAUGCUGCAACAGCUCAAGAGUCGAACGGAGGAGGAUGCCAAGUGGAAGACUCUGGAAGUAGCCAGGACACACGCCAAGUGGGAGAAAAACAAGAGAGAGCGGGACAAGAAGCGUCAGGAUGACGCUGAAGCUGAGCGAAUUGCGUUUGCUGAAAUCGACUGGCACGACUAUCACAUCGUUCAGACCAUCGAAUUCACUGCCGCUGACUCGAACGCUGUCUUGCCACCACCAAUGAGCGUUCAGGAGGUGGAGAACAUGACCCUCACUCAAAAGCGCAUGGCGGCCAUGAUCAUGGAGAACACUGCCGACGAUAUCGAAGCUCACCGGGCUAAGCAGGCAGCCGCUGAGGCUGAGGCCGCAGCUGCUGUCGGGAAUGUUGGUGUCGGCAUGGACGACGAUGCGAACAUGGAGGAGAGUGACGAUGAGGAUGCUGAGGCUGAGAGGAAGCAACGUGAAGCUGAGGAGCGGGAGCGUGAAAUUGAACGGGCCAAGGCGCUGCAGGCGAACACCAUGAAUACCUCUGGACCCAUGAAGAUCAGGGCAAACUACGUUCCCAAGUUGGGAUCGAAAAAUACCAAAGAAGCCAUGACGACGUGUUCGAUCUGUGGUCAACAAAUUCCGGUCGACGAACUGCAAGAGCACAUGCGUAUCGAGCUGCUCGACCCGAAAUGGAAAGAACAGCGGAACGCACUGGAGGCACGAAAGGCACAGGCCGCCGAGUUGCAGAGUGGGGCGAAUGUUGUAUCUGCUCUGAGAGGAUUGGCUCGCACCCGGGUGGACAUUUUCGGAGAAGAAGCUGACGAAGAGCGCCGUAAGAAGGAGGAAGAGGAGCAGCGAGAGCGCCGUAAAGAGCGCGAAAAGGUCGUUUGGGAUGGGCACACAGCUUCCAAGACCAACACCCUGGACAAAUUCUCCACUAAUGUCAACUUCGACGAGCAGAUUGCCGCCAUCCACAGGGCGAAGGGCCUGGGACCACAAGAGGCGAACGCAAUUGGGCCUGGAAUCGGGCCUGCAGCGGUGCCGCCGCCAUUGACUGGGACAUUGCCGCCUGCUCCAGCAUCUUUGCCUGCACCGCCACUGGCGGCUGGCAAGGCUGCUGGGCAGUAUUCGGCAGCGGCGACAGUCUCGUCGGGCCCGCAACCUGCAUCUGCAUAUCCAGCUCCAGUUAUGCUGCCCCCGUUGCACUAUCAAGGGAUGGAUGCAGCCCAGCCAUUUGGGUAUCAGCCGCCGGCGCCGGCCAUGCAUCCGACUCGCGCGGCUGCUCUUGCCGCUGCGAAUGGAGCUCUACAAGCAGCGCAGGCUGGGACCGUCCGUGGCGCCGAGGAGAUGGAAGACAGUGAUGAUGGCAUUCCGCCUGCCAAAAGGCAGCGAGUCGCCAAGCUUCCCAAUGGACAGCUGUAUUCCGAGCAGGACUGGAUCACCAGCCACCCUCACCCCAUCUCUCUCCAAGUGCAGCUGCCCAAGGACGACUCCAAACCAGAGUGGAAGUUGGAUGGAAGCAUCGUCACGAUUCCCGAUCUGCCUCUCAAUCUGCUCGUGUCCACUUUGCGCGAUCGAAUCCAGCUGCACACCAGCGGCAGCGUCCCAGUGUCCCGUAUCCGACUAUCGUACUCCGGGAAAAUGCUCAACAACAAGGACACUAUUGCCCUGUACAAUCUUGAAGAUGAGGAUUUGGUUGUCCUGAGCGUGCGGGAUGCCAAGAAAAAGUGAUCGUGGUGUAAGUGGUAUGUCAGUACAGAGUGUAGAUAAUGUUACAGUGCAAUGCAAUGCGGUGAUGAGUAGAGGGCGACUGCCAGCGGAUCCAAAAGAGUUGUCUCGUGUAUGGUUAUCUAAUGGUCUGCAAAGUAACAUUGCUGUUCGGGCCUCAUGCUGUGGAGCGCGGUGGGCUCAGAGUGUCGACCAGAGUACAAGGCUUGUAUCUGGCGUCCACCGGGCGUCAUGGCUGGCCCCUUGAAGGGAGAGAAUGGUCCAGGAGUUUGUGCCAUGCGAAGAUAUGGGCCUGGUAGAGAUGGUUUGGGAGGCGCACGAAGUGUGCCGUGUUGGGGGACCGUGUCUCGCAGCCAUUCAUCGUCCACGCUGGGCACCCUGGGGGACGACGCCUUGCGAAAGACGCUUUCGGGAUUGAGGUGUGGUGAUUUGACGAGUGAGGGGGGAAUCGGUGCGGCCUGGGGCGCUUGUAUCGGGAUGCGCAGCGACGUUUUGCGCGUAACGUCAGAACGAGACAUCGGGCACGCAAGACGAAAAACCAGCCUGCUGAUGUGCGUGCGGACUAGAAGCAGUUGGUUCGAUGAAAGGGAGUGAGGCUAUGUAUGGCAGUCGCUUUACAGCGGAGGCGGCUAAAAUACUCUACGGAAGACGAUCCCACAUACAAGGACCAGGAUGACACAUAUAGCCGUGUCCAAAAGAAG